CCCUUAAAGCGUUAGCUCCUGUCAGGUCAGGCUCCUGGGCAGGCCCGGGUCUUCUCUUGGCUCUGAAGUAAAAUAGGAUAAAUUCCUUUUAUUUGGGAAAAGGCAGGGGCAAACGUUGAUUUAAAGAUGUUUAAGAAUAAUGUUACUGACCAUAAGCAAAAGGUGGAAGCCAUAAUUAAAAACAUUAACACAAUUUCGUUGGAGUUGAAGAAAAUGAGAGAGCUCUCCCAGUUACUGCUUUGUGACCUUACUCUACAGUUUAAUUGCCCUGUGAAGAGAGAGGACUUAAAGGAAACAGAAGGAAACAACGCCCCAUUUGAAAAGUCUGAAAUACUAGAUGUAUCCCUUGCUUCUAACAGUUUUUCUGUUUGAUUUAUUUUUUAGUUAUUAUGAGCUUCUGGUAGUUUUUUUAUUGUUGAAUUAGCAGAUAU